AGCCUCGGACGAGAGAAAAAAAAUCAAUUUCCAAUCGAACGACGACACACACACACACACACACACACACGUAUACGGAUCGGUAAUAAUGUAUGCCGAUCGCGUGUAUAUGUAUCAUAACGCCGAGUAUGUGCCCGAUAACGAUUUGCGAGUUCGCGCGUGUAUGCGUGCUCUAUCGUAUAAUUGUAGUAAGUCGCACACACACUCACAGGUGUGCACAGGAAUCCGCGGCUUAUUAUCAUUCGUUGUUAUUAUUACCGAGUCGCACGUGCGGAGGUAGCUGUAGCCGCUGCGAGUGGCAUUCGCGAAUCCUUUUUCGUAUAUUAUACGUACACGUUUAUCGAUAAAUAUAAUAAUCGGAUGAAAAAUCGGUAUCAAACGCGCGACGAACGACCCCAAAGCCUUUUAUUUAUAUUGAAACGCGACGAUCGGAAUGUGCACUCGUGCACAUAUCUCGCGUUCGCGUAAUGAUUUUUGAACCUUGCCGUGUAUUUGUAUAUUGCUUAUCUUCGCUUUUUUUUCCUUCGCGUUAUUUCUAACAAAUAUAUAUAUAACGAUGCCGCCGCGUCAAUAUAUGAAUUAAUGCAUGUACUAUAUUAUGAUAAAGUGUCCGCUCGUCGCCGGCCGACAGCACGACGAUAAGACGACGACGACGACGAAGCGGCUGCCCGAUGAUUUUCCGCGAUACGCAUUGGAAUAUUUUACGCAUGCAUAAUAAUAUUACAGACAAGAGUCGAGUGGAAUCGAUCGGACUCUUUUCUCUCUUAAUUUUUCCAUCUUAGGCUCUCAAUUGUAAAAUGCGCGUAAAUAUAGGAGACGCAUAGAAAAAUGUAUAUCCUUAUCGAACGUAUACCAAACAUAGGCGAGCACGUGCUUACAAAUGAAUUAAUUCUCUCUCGUACUUGAUAUUGCGGAGAUCGUGCGCCGCAUUAUUCGUUCAUACGAUAUUAUAUGCCAUUAAACUUGCUCAUAAAAAAUUCUAAUCAUGCGCCGCUCUUGUGUCCACGCGGUGGUCACACACUACAUACACACACAGACAAGAUCGGCGCCCGUCACGUGCAGGCGCUGCUCUUGACCGGCGGCUUCCUGUGCUGCUACGCGAUGCGCGUCUGCAUGUCCGUCGCCGUCGUGGCCAUGUCCGACAAGACCAAGCCGAUGCACUUCGACUGGGACGAGUCCACGCAGAAUCUCAUGCUGAGCUCGUUCUUCUGGGGCUACGUGCUGACCCAGAUACCGGGCGGCAUGGUGGCGCAGCGCUGGGGCGCCCAGCGGCUCUACGGCGCCGCCGUCGGCCUCUGCGGCUUGGCCACCCUCGCCAUACCGAUCGCGGCGCGCUACGGCGACUAUCAGCUCGUCUGCGCCUGUCGAGUGUUCUGCGGUCUGUGUCAGGGCGUCGUGCCGCCCAUCAUACACACGCUGCUGGCCAAGUGGGUGCCGCUGCCCGAGCGAGGUCGUUUCACCUCGUUCGUCUACUCGGGCGGCUGGGUCGGCAACGUCAUCGCCCUCCAAAGCUCCGGCCUGCUGGCCGGCUCCUUGCUCGGCUGGUCCUCGUGCUUCUACUUCUGGGGCAGCCUGUCGCUCGGCUGGGCCGUGCUCUGGCAGUUCGCCGGUCGCGAGUCCCCGGCCGAGCACACGGAGAUGGCCUUCGACGAGCGCCUCUACAUCGAGAGCAGUCUCGGGGUGGUGGAGACCACGGCGCCCGUGACGACGCCCUGGCGCGCGAUACUGACCUCGGUGCCGGUCUGGGCGCUCCUCGUCACCCAGUGCUCGCAGUCCUGGGGCUUCUGGAUGCUGCUCUCGAAGAUACCGAGCUACAUGGACAAGGUGCUGCACUACGACAUACAGAACAACGGCUUGAUCUCGUCGCUGCCCUACCUGUGCGCCUGGCUCAUGAGCUUCCCCGUGAGCAUCAUGUCCGACUGGGCGAUACGCAAGAAUCGCCUGAGCACGCGCUCGUCGCGCAUGAUCUGCAACACCUUCGGCGAGGUGUUCCCCGCACUGGCCCUCGUCGGCCUGGGCUUCGUCGGCGCGGGCCAGCAGCUGCUCGCCGUGGGCAUACUCGUGCUGGCCGUGACCGGCAACAUCGCCAUCUACUGCGGCCAUCACGCCAAUCACAUGGAUCUGUCGCCGAAUUACGCCGGGCCGCUGAUGGGCUUCACCAAUGCCGCGGCCAACGUGUGCAGCAUACUGGCGCCUCUGGUGCAGGGCUACGUCGUCAAGGAUCCGUCCAACGUGGCCGAGUGGAGGAGCAUAUUCUUCCUGACGGCGGGCAUCUACGCGGCCGGCGCCACGACCUUCCUGUGCUUCGGCUCGGUGCAGGUGCAGUCCUGGAACGACGCCACCAUCAAGCGCAGCUGCUCGGCCAGGCGCUCGACCCUGUCGGCGAGGCGACCCGUGCCGCCCAUACCGAUCACCGAGAUCUACAGCAGCGAGCAGACCAAGGCCAACGUCAUCGGCAGCAACGUCGCCGUCAUCGAGGAAAAAAUCGAGAGAUAAGCGUCCACGAGGCGAGAGGUGGAUAUAAACGCACUGGAGUCUCAUCAAUCUCACCGUUGUACAUAGAUAAUCAUGUAUUAAAAUACUGUAUAUUGUAUGAUGUUCGAACAAUUAUUCUAGACCAUAAGUUUCAAUUGUAUUUAAUUAUCUACAAAUUUCUGUUUUUACAAAUCGAUUAAUUUUUAUCGUACGUAGAACUUAAUUUCUUAACAGUGCUGCGUAUUGCGUAUUGCAGCGUACUUACUAUUAGUCGAUUCGACUUAUCACAUAGUGUAAGCUAUAUAAUUUUAUGUACAAAGUUUAGAAAUGCAAUGAUUCACAUGUAAAUAAAUGCUAUGCAAAAUCUG